AUAAAUGCAUAUUGACUAUCGAUACACAUUUCAUAAUAGCCAAUAUUAUUGUACUAAAAAUAAAUUUAAUUAUAAAUAUAACAACAAAACGGAAUUGCAUUAAUUUUCAGGCUUAUUAUAGUUUGAUAUUAGCUGUUUCAUAUUUUCAUCGUUUCUUUAGUUUUGUAUGAUAUUUUGUAAGCGCUUUGGAACUCUGGAUUGUAAAUUUAUAUGAUAUAUAAAUAAUUAAGAUUAAAAUUAUUGACUACGGAAGCCAAUCUACAAUGGGUACAAAGCGUCCAGGAAAUAGCAUUGUUCUUAUGCAAGAACAUAAACGACCAAAAAAUGAAUUAGUACUAAGUAAUAGUAGGUCAAAGGCACUAGUAGAAUCGCGAGGUAAACGAACAUCAGAAUUAUUUGCACCUAUAGUCUUACUAGAAGGACAUAAUGGAGAGAUUUACACAACAGAAUUCGAUUCUGAGGGACAAUUAUUGCUUUCAUCUGGUCACGACCGGCAAAUAUAUUUAUGGAAUGUAAGUGGCGAAUGUGAAAAUGUUUUGACAUUGUCUGGACAUGCAGGGGCGGUGUUAGAAGCUCAUUUUUCAUCUGAUGAUUCUCUUAUAUACUCUUGCUCUUCGGAUAAAACUAUUGCACUUUGGGAUUUAAGUAUAGGUCAACGUGUACGCCGGCUGAAAGGUCAUUCUUCAUUUGUUAACUCUGUCGAUGGCAAUAGGCGAGGCCAACAAAUGUUAUGCUCUGGAUCAGAUGACAAAACUAUUCGAAUGUGGGACAUUAGAAAGAAGAAUUUUCUACAUACUUUCGAUAAUCAAUAUCAAAUAACAUCUGUCUGCUUUAAUGAUACUGCAGAUCAAAUUAUAUGUGGUGGAAUCGAUAAUGAAAUUAAAAUUUGGGACGUACGGAAACAGCAAGUAUUACAUCGCCUUCGUGGCCACACAGAUACCGUAACUGGUAUAUGUCUAUCCCCUGAUGGGUCUUAUUUACUUAGCAACUCAAUGGAUAAUACGCUAAGGAUAUGGGAUAUAAGGAAUUUUGUGCCUGGAGAGAGGUGCGUGAAAAUAUUCAACGGCCAUCAGCAUAAUUUUGAAAAGAAUUUACUUCGUUGCUCUUGGUCUCCAGAUGGAAGUAAAGUCAGUGCUGGUUCUGCAGAUCGUUUCGUUUAUAUUUGGGACACAACCAGUAGGCGGAUUUUAUACAAAUUACCUGGACACAAUGGAUGUGUAAAUGACGUUGACUUUCAUCCAAAACAACCAAUUAUUGCUUCAGCUUCUAGUGACAAAACAUUAUAUUUGGGCGAAAUCGAUGUCUGAACAAAAAGUUAAUAACUGUCUGCAAUUUCAAUUUGGUCUUGCCAAAUUAAUUAAAUUAAGUUUAAUAUUGGCUUUUAGGACUUACCAUUGUAACUGUAUCAAAGACAUAAAACUACAUUUAUGUAUACAUAAUAAAAUGAACCUACAUUCGAUUAA